AAUUUUUAAAACCAUCGUAAAAGUCAAAUCUAGCUACGAUCGACCUCUCUCUCUAUACCUCCACAUAUAAAUGAACCAGGCACUCAGUUAUAGCGUCUUUGCAAGCUAAGACACAACCGAAAAAACAAAACACACACACACACAAAAAUGAAUAAUAACUUUACAACAAACCAAUGUUUACUACACUAUGAUCCUUCUACUAACACUGGUGAAGCCGAGAUGUACAACAGGGCGAUUACAGAAUCAAAAUCAUCUCAAAUUAUUUUAUGUUCCAAUGCAUCAAAACAUAAUAGAAGCCGAUCUUAUAAUAGAUCAUCUAAGAGAAAUAUGCACACGACACUCCUCAACGCAAACCCUAGCAAUUUCCGAGACAUAGUUCAAAGAUUCACCGGACGUUCUUCCGGCAUUGAUGUAUUUGUCGGAAGAAAAGGUCCGGUGACGUUAGAUUUCAGGUCACCGGCUUCAGUUACUGAAGAAGUCAUUUUUCCGACCUCCGGUGAUGUCCAAAACCAAUAUUGUUCCAUUGAUACGCACGUUGUGGACAGGGAGAGUCACGGGACCUGUGAAUGGGAAGGUAAGCAUACGGCGGCGUCGUGUGAGAUGGGUCAACUAAGUGAUGACUCUGAGGGUUAUGGUGGGUGUGAUGAUUAUUAUGCUCAUGAUCAUGAUGAUGAUCUUAUUAGGGAAUACUUGAAAAAUAGUAGCUUUGAUGGAGUGAUUACUAUGGAUUGUGAUGAGUUUUACCUUGACGCCGUAAUGGUGGAGGAGUUUUUGAUGAAAGAUCUCGACAUAUGAUUUUAUAUGAUUUAUUCAUUUUACAGAUUAUAAAACAUUAUCAUGUAUGAUAGAUAUAUGAUGAUAGUGAAACAUUAAUAUUCAUGUGAUUUUUUUU